UCUGCCAGGUACAACGCAUACCGCACUCCUGCCCAUCCCCAGUUUCGCACACAGUACAUCCGAAGACGCAGCCAGCUCCUCCGCGAAAAUGCAAAGGCGGGGUAUGAUCCACUCUUACGGCGUCAGUACUUGAAAUUGCGCAGCCAGCUCCUGGCGCAACGCUACGGCCCUCUGUCUGAGCAAAGCAGCUUCCGGGCACACAGUAACAGCAUCCGAAGCUCUCGAACUACUUUGGAUCGCAUGGAGGAUCUGGAAGAAGAGCCAAGGUCUCAGGGGUCAAGAGGUCACAGGCGUUCGGUCAGUCGUGGCUCCUAUCAACUUCAGGCACAGAUGAACCGUGUGGCUCAAGAGGAACGGGCUCCUGGCAGUGUGGUGCCUACACCACUGGCUGAAGCAAGCAGGGCAAUGGCAGGUGACACUACCCUGAGUGAGAAUUAUGCCUUUGCUGGCAUGUAUCAUAUAUUUGACCAACAUGUGGACCAAGCUGUCCCUAAGGUGCAGUUUGCAAAUGAUGACAAGCACCUCCUUGCCUGCUGUUCUCUGGAUGGUACAAUAUCGGUUUGCCAGCUGGUACCAACACCCCCCACAGUGCUGCAGACUCUGCGAGGACACACAGGUGCAGUCAGUGACUUUGCCUGGUCAUUAUCCAAUGAUAUCAUCGUGUCCACCUCCCUGGAUGGCAGCAUGCGCAUAUGGAACACCCAAGAUGGCCGCUGUAUACGACAGAUCCCUGACCCUGACUCUGCACAGAUGCUGUGCUGCACUUUCCAACCAAUCAACAAUAAUCUCACUGUGGUUGGUAAUGGGAAACAUAAUGUCCAUGUUAUGAACAUAUCCACAGGUAAAAAAGUGAAAGGAGGCAGCAGUAAGCUGACAGGCCGAGUACUGUCCCUGUCCUUUGAUUCUGCAGGCCGUAUACUAUGGACUGGUGAUGAUCGUGGGAGUAUAUACUCAUUCCUUUUUGACAUGGCUACAGCAAAACUGACUAAAGCCAAACGUCUGGUAGUUUCGGAAGGCAGUGCCAUAACCAGCAUAUCUGCCCGUUCAUGGAUAAGCCGUGAGGCUCGGGAUCCUUCUUUAUUAGUAAAUGCUUGCAUCAACAAACUGCUGCUGUAUAGGGUUGUGGAUAAUGAGGGAACACUACAAUUAAAACGUACUUUUCAGAUACAACAAACCAACAAUGCCAUCCGGAGUAUUUUCUGCCCCCUCAUGUCAUUCAGGCAAGGAGCCUGUGUUGUAACUGGCAGUGAAGAUAUGUGCGUUUAUUUCUUUGAUGUGGAACGGGCCACAAAGGCCAUUGUAAAUAAACUACAAGGACACAGUGCAGCCGUCCUGGGAAUAAGUUUCAACUGUGACGAGAGUCUACUGGCCUCUAGUGAUGCAAAGGGGAUGGUCAUUAUCUGGAGACGGGAACAGAAGUAA